AUGGCAACUUGCUCCACUAAAACUAAUACUCAUACAGCAGGGUCUCACCACUUCACUUGCAAUAUAUGUUUGGAAGUGCUACAAGACCCUGUUCAAUGUGUCAAGAACGAACACUACUUUUGUAAGAAGUGUAUAACCAAGCAUUUAACGAGAUCCCAAACCUGUCCUGUUUGUCAAGACAAACUCACUCCUGAAACACUUCGUCCUAUCUCAAGAACCGUGGCGAAUAUACUCGAGCAGUUUCAAUCACUGAAAUGCAUGUACGCCAUUCGUGGAUGUACGAGCGCAGUAAGAUAUGAAGCUUUGUUGUCUCAUCACGAAGAGUGCAGUUUUGCUCCUGUCCAAUGUUCCCGCGAAGGAUGUGGAAAAACUGUCAACAGGCAAGAUCUCGUCAGCCAUCAAACAAGCUGUGAAUUUCGAUCGAUAACUUGUGAAGAUUGUCACAAAGCGAUGAGGCAACGAGAAUAUGGAAAACAUGGAUGUGUCUUGUUAAAGGAAAUAGAUAAGAACAGACAGGGUUUGGCUGCAGUUCAGAAGAUUUUGCGAGAAAUACGAGAGGAACAGCUACGACAAGGCGAAGAAAUCCAACGGUUGCCAAGUAGAGAAUCACGACAGUCCGACAAAAAGCAAACACAAGAAGGUGAUAAUUCAAGACACCAAGCAAGCGAAUUAAGACAACCCAAUGCAACGCAAAGUCAAAGGCAACAAAGCAGUAACUCAAGUCAGCAAACAAGUCAAUCGAGAGUUGAACCUGAUGCAAUGGAAAGAAAACAAGGUAAAAAGUAAACAAAAAAGUAAUUAAUAAUAAUUACAUGUACAACUAAAUGCAACCGAAUUAAAACGACAAAUAAGCGCACAAGGCACUAUUUCAUGAUUUAAUUAGAAACAAUUUUCUAAUAAAAACAAUAUAGCGCCAGAGAAUUCGCAACAGAUUUCCCCAAUUGGGAACGGCUUAACGGAGAGUUAAUUAUUGCUUGAUGAAAGUUUCGGAUGGAUUAAAUCGCAAGGUGAAGAUUUCGGAGAGUAAGUUUGAGCUACGCCCAAACCAAAACUUUUUUUAACGACAACACUGACGUUUUCUACAGAGAGUUAUACAUUUGCAACAAACAGAUUUUCAUGUGCACGUUUAGAAUAGAUUUAACAUUACACAAUCCAAUGUCUCUAUGACGCAGGUCCCAAAUAAAAACAUUAAGUAAAAUGUCUAGCUUUAAUAACUAAAAGCUCUGAUAACUAAGAAUAGGAUGUCUGCAAUAUCACAGUUUUAUUUAAUUAAACUGCCAUUCGUUUCAUUCUAGCUGUUCCAGAUCCAGCUGUCCAGUCUAGUGCGACGCAGGGGCCACGAAGAAAGCGUUGUGAAGCCGCAUCAGCGUCCACAGAUCACUUCCGAAGAGUCCGUCCAAUUCCAAACCAAGCUACAGUCGACCGAAAGAUUGUUGUAGCAGGAGGAGACAGGACGUCAUACGAAGUUUUCAACUGGUCCACCCAAAAAUGGAGUUUAUACGUGAACACUUUGUUUUUCGAGCAUAUUGACGCAUUUUCUUUCCUUUAUGACAACAAGAUCAUGAUUUGUGGCGGAAAGGACACCAACAGAGUGGAAUGUCUGGAUAUUGCCGACAACAGAUGUGCCAGUACCUUUCCCGUACAAUUACCUGGCACAAGAUGUGGUAAAGGGGUCCUUUGUGGCGACAAAAUAUUAACUUUCGGUCAAUCUGUAUCAGCAACAUCUCUUAAACCUCCAUUUAAAACCACAGUUCUUUUUUCUUAUAACGAUGAACGAGAAAUGUCCUCUUAUGGAGUUGCCCGUGUCAACGCAAACGCAGUGGUCCUCUUAGGCGGUUACUACAGAUGUAAAACAGUAACAGCAAAAGAAGAUGUUCUACUAUAUAACCCAAUAACAAACGUCAUGAAGAAGCUAGCCCCAUUACCCUACGAAUUGUUUAAUAUGACUGUAGUCGUGCAUAAUAACAAUAUCAUUAUACUGGGUGGUAAAAAGGGCGCAUAUGACGUGUGUGACGAUGUUUUGAUGUACAACAUCACUAAUCAACAAUGUUCGAGGUUGCCGAGCAUGUUGGAAAAAAGGUAAGACAUUUUUGAAUUGAUAUAUCAUCAUCAUUCACUGACAAUAACUGUAGUACCUUAACAGCUAAAUGAAUACCUUACUUAGUUACUUAUGUUCAAAUUAGUCUGAAUUGAGCCGCUGCACACAGGGGAGCGGACAAAUUCGAAACCGUAUACUCAAACUUUUUCAAGAUUUCACCUUUCAAGUUCGCAAGUAAUCGGACAAAUUCCAAUGUGAACAAAGUGUGACCUACACGGGGUCAGGGGAUUCCUGUUUCGCUGAAACUGUAGCCUUCACUCAGGCGGUGCUGGUCAAGCUAAAACUCGCCUGACAUGAAAAACCCAUCUGAACCCAGGGCACAGAAUAAAGAUCUAUACAGAAGGGCCAUUUACGUCGGAAGCUUUGAAGUUUCUGUCCUCGCGCAUGUCGCAUUACGCACGUUGGACACGUUGCACCGCUGAGUGGCGCUUCUGUUACUGAUCUUUAUUCUGUGCCCAGGGUAAGUGUGACCAGACUUAAGCUUGGUAAAAUAUUUUACAAUUAGCCUUUCUCACGCCGCCAUUUUUGGGUGGCUUUUCGGCCGAAGUCUGCGAGAUAAGUCCACAUAACAGCGACUUUUUAUAAUUUUUUUGGACGAAUGAUGGUAAAUUUGCUUUAUAAAUGGUUAGUUUAUUUUGAAAAAUUGCUUUUCACAUUGCCACCCAAAAAUGGCGGAUAUUCGUCAUCGCGAGAGAGGUAAAAUUUCGUGGAUUUUGGAAAAAUUUAGUAAUGAAAUUUUUUAGUAGAAUUUUAGAAGACACUACAAAGGGUUGUUCCUCGUAUAAAGGCACUUGGUUUUUCAAACAUACAUAUACUGACGCAUUUCCAUUCGCUUAUGACAACACGUAGGCUAGGCAACAAGAGGAUUUGUGGAGGAACAGACACGAACAGUUAAAGUUUGGAUAUUGCCAACAACAGAUUUGUCAAUACCCUAUUCGUAAUUCUUAUCCAACAACAAACUGUUUAAAAACUCGAGCACUAUUGCGGCAUUGCCCUUUUCUGUCGCCGAAAUGAUAGUUUUCAUGUACAAAUGCAAAAACAACCUCGUUAUUUUGGAAGAAUCAGAAAGUUGUUAUAAGGAUUAACCCGCAGGAAUGAUCUCAUUUUCGGGGAAGUAACGGUAAUUUAUACAAAACUGCUUCAAUUAAGAUUCUUAAGAUACCCAUUUGUCAUCUCUAUUUGCUUACAUUUUGGACUGAUGGUUCUUAUUCCAUUAUAUUUAUAUUGUUAGAUCAAGAUGUGCAGCAGUAAUUAUGGGAGAUAUGAUUGUCGUUAUGGGAGGAAAUUCCAGAAAUGCAAUUUUCCCACUAAAACCUGAGCGCAAUGUGAAUCCCAUAACAGCAGAAUACCUGGUACUCGGUGAAGACAGAUGGAAGAAGCUUCCACCAAUGCAUUAUGAAAGAGAUGGCGCAACCGCAUGUCUGCUGCCAUAA